AUGGCACUGCUCGAUUCAGGGAAGAUACAAUCAGUGUCCGAUAAUUCUAACAAUUCAUCCAACUGGAUCGUUGUUUGGACUGAGCUUUGGGUGCCUAUCGGACAUGAGUCUGAUAGACAACGAUGGGUCGAAUAUUUCCAACCCUUAGUACAUGCUACGGGCCACAAACAGUCAAUAUGGGCUCGGCUUCGCUUUAACCCGGAGAAAGUGAUUCUAGGCACACAUUGGUCUAAGAGCUUAGCGUGUAGGGAGUUUGAAAGCUCUCCGUCAGCCCAGCUUUUUAGGGAACAGCUUAUGAACGACGGGAUUACAUUCUUGGCAUAUUAUGAGUUUCCUAGCGGUUGUCACGGUUGGUUUCAAUCGUUAUUACCUAGACGUUUUAUCCACAUCUUCUGGGUCUACUUUAAAGUCCCAGUAACAGAAGAGCAGAAGCAAAGGGUUGGGAAAAGCGUUGGUAUUCGCCCGCCUGUCGUGUUAAACCUCCAACCCAACCAAAGGCUGCAACCACGUCUUCCCGUGAAGCUAUGGGCUAAUCGUACGGAGUACCUACAUGGCGAAGAGGUUCAACUACUGCUAUGGCCACAUAUCUGGAGAAAUGAGGAGGCAGCGCUUUGGAGGCUCAUCAAGUCCAGACACAUCAAUUCCCUUGGUGAGACGAAUGUAGAUAAGUUUCAUGGUUUUCUUCGUGAUAUCGGCUCGAUGGAAUUCAAGGAAGACUAUUGUCACUUUGAAGAGCUCCCACGCCUAUGA